CGCCCCUCCACGCCCCUCUCCUCCUCCCCUCCACGCCCCUCUCCUCCUCCCCGCCCUGCCCGCGCAGCUGCCCGGUUCCUGGUGAAGAUGGCGCUCCCCGUGGCCGCGCGCUCUGCCCGGCUUCUGCGAGACCCCGCGCUGCGGCCCCGGCUGCUGGCCGCCAGGUGCCAGGUGCUUCCUGUGACCUGCAGACGCUGGCUGAACCUGCAGGAGUACCAGAGCAAGAAGCUGAUGUCCGACAAUGGGGUGCGCGUCCAGAGGUUCUUCGUGGCGAACACAGCCAGGGAGGCGCUGGAGGCGGCCAAGAGGCUGAAUGCGAAAGAAAUUGUUUUAAAAGCGCAGAUCCUAGCUGGAGGAAGAGGAAAAGGCGUCUUCAACAGUGGUUUGAAAGGAGGUGUGCAUCUAACGAAGGACCCUAAAGUUGUGGAACAGCUGGCCAAGCAGAUGAUCGGGUACAAUCUCGCAACAAAGCAAACUUCUAAAGAAGGCGUGAAAGUUAACAAGGUGAUGGUCGCUGAAGCCCUGGACAUUUCGAGGGAAACCUACCUGGCGAUUCUGAUGGACCGGUCCUGCAACGGCCCCGUGCUGGUGGGCAGCCCCCAGGGGGGCGUUGACAUCGAAGAGGUGGCAGCUUCCAAUCCAGAGCUGAUUUUUAAGGAGCAAAUCGACAUUUUUGAAGGGAUAAAGGACAGCCAAGCCCAGCGGAUGGCAGAGAACCUGGGCUUCGUGGGGCCUCUGAGGAACCAGGCUGCAGAGCAGAUUAGGAAGCUGUACAACCUCUUCCUGAAGAUCGAUGCCACUCAGGUGGAAGUGAAUCCCUUUGGCGAGACCCCAGAAGGACAAGUUGUCUGCUUUGACGCCAAGAUUAACUUCGACGACAAUGCCGAGUUCCGACAGAAGGACAUCUUUGCCAUGGACGACAAGUCGGAGAACGAGCCCAUCGAGAACGAAGCUGCCCGCUACGACCUGAAGUACAUCGGGCUGGACGGGAACAUCGCCUGCUUUGUGAACGGCGCGGGACUCGCCAUGGCCACCUGCGACAUCAUCUUCCUCAACGGCGGCAGGCCAGCCAACUUCCUGGAUCUUGGCGGUGGGGUGAAGGAAACUCAAGUGUACCAAGCUUUCAAACUGCUCACCUCGGAUCCCAAGGUGGAAGCCAUCCUGGUCAACAUCUUCGGGGGCAUCGUCAACUGCGCCAUCAUCGCUAACGGCAUCACCAAGGCGUGCCGGGAGCUGGGACUCAAGGUGCCGCUGGUGGUGCGUCUGGAGGGAACCAACGUCCAGGAGGCUCAGAACAUACUCAGGAACAGCGGCCUGCCCAUCACUGCCGCCGCCGACCUGGAGGACGCCGCCAAGAAGGCCGUGGCCAGCGUGGCAAAGAAGUGACCUUCACGUGGCCCUCUGGGGUUCCCUCGCCACUCUGCACAGGGUUCCGCACGGGAAGGGGUGGCUAGAAUCACGGUAGAAAGUCUCAGCUGAGCUCUCACUGAUAACGCCUAGACAGCCUGACUGAUUGUGCUCCGAGGUCCCUAAACAAAGCCCACAGUCCCCUGCUCCUCCUGCGGGUGCUCAGGAAUCAGGCCAGGGGAGUCCCAGGCGGGCUACGUUCAGCAUUAGCCGUCGGGGCUCCGCUGGACGUCCAGGCAGGUGGCCCCAAUGCACUGUCCAGUUGGUGUGGUUUCUGAUUCCAACACGGUCGCAGCGUCCAUGGACCUGAGGGGCCCUUGUGCUUUCCCCGCCCGUACCCCGUGCCUGCACCUGCCUUUGCCUUACUGUAAACACGCCGUUUACCUCUCACUAAAGCCUUACUCCUGAGCUUGGAGUCGGAGGUUCUGUUUUGACGCCCAAGCUGGCGCACGCUGGGUCUCACGGAAAUCUCUGUAACUAAGUCCUUCCUGAAGGUCGGACUGGGGCGUGCGGAGAGCCGCUCUCUCCUGCCCUCCACCCAGCUCCGCCAGCCGAGGCAGAAAGAUGGGAAGCUGUCACCGGAGGGAAUGUGGGUGUUUCCAUUAUGUCCAUUUUUGUCCUGAUAAAAUUUUGAAUUCAGUUUUUGUUUAAAUCUUGGUAAAUUUUUAUCUGUGUGCAAAUUUAAAUAAAAUCUUACGUUUCUCAGACUCUAA